GGUAGCAGUUCCGGGUCGGCGCCUGGCCGGGCGGGGCGGAACGGAACCGAACCAUGACCUCGCUCCGGGCCUUCACCUGCGACGACCUCUUCCGUUUCAACAACAUUAAUUUGGAUCCACUUACAGAGACUUAUGGGAUACCCUUUUACCUACAGUAUCUGGCUCACUGGCCAGAGUAUUUUAUUGUUGCAGAAGCACCAGGUGGAGAGUUAAUGGGUUACAUAAUGGGUAAAGCUGAAGGCUCCGUGGCCAGGGAGGAGUGGCACGGGCAUGUCACUGCUCUCUCCGUUGCGCCCGAGUUCCGCCGGCUGGGUUUGGCUGCUAAGUUGAUGGAGCUACUGGAGGAAAUUUCAGAAAGAAAGGGUGGCUUUUUUGUGGAUCUCUUUGUAAGAGUGUCGAAUCAGGUUGCAGUAAAUAUGUACAAGCAACUGGGCUACAGUGUCUACAGGACGGUAUUAGAGUACUACUCAGCUAGCAAUGGGGAGCCUGACGAAGAUGCUUAUGAUAUGAGGAAAGCGCUUUCCAGAGAUUCAGAGAAGAAAUCAAUUAUACCAUUACCUCAUCCUGUGAGACCUGAAGACAUUGAAUAACUUUAAGCUGUGGUUCUCCGGCAACUUACCAAAAAUAAGGUUUAUGGACAAUUUAAAAUUUGCAGUGCAAAGAGCAUCAAAUGUUUUUUGAAGGUAACAGAAAAGAUCUUGGCUAGAUGAGGAGGAAGGCAGCACAGGCUGAAAAAAGGAGUUCAGGCACAGGGUUUUACUUUUCAUAAAGCCCCAAAAGCAACAAUAGGAAGUUUACAGUCACACUGCUUAUAUUUUGAUUUCCUGUGCUUUAUAAAAAAGCAGACAAGUUUAAACAUUCCACCAUCAUGUUUUAUACCCCAUAUUAAAACUCAGUGAUGGAAAAUAUCACUACUUCCCCCUACUGGGCCUGAGAAUCACAGCUGCGAAUGUUCUUUUUUGUUCUAACAGUCGAAGCUCUAAGGGUAGAUAUGAAAAAGAUGAGGUGCAUAAUAAAAUACAAAUUCAGUGUGAUGCUGGUUUGUGUAAAGUUGA